AUGACUGCGCUAACUCCCAGAUGUAUCAUCGUGAGACAUGGUCAGACUGAAUGGUCGAAGUCGGGCCAGUAUACCGGAUUGACAGACCUACCCUUAACGCCUUACGGUGAAGGGCAGAUGCUGAGGACCGGUGAGAGUGUUUUCCGCAACAACCAGUUCUUGAACCCGGAUAACAUCACGUACAUCUUCACCUCUCCACGUUUGCGUGCUAGGCAAACUGUGGACUUGGUUUUGAAGCCAUUGAGCGACGAGCAAAGGGCCAAGAUCCGCGUGGUAGUGGACGACGACUUGAGAGAGUGGGAGUACGGUGACUACGAAGGAAUGUUGACCCAUGAAAUCAUCGAAUUGAGAAAGACGCGCGGUUUAGACCAGGAGAGACCAUGGAAUAUCUGGAGAGACGGGUGUGAGAACGGUGAGACUAGUCAGCAUAUUGGGUUGAGAUUGUCCCGUGCCAUUGCAAGAGUCCAGAACCUGCACCGCAAGCAUCAGAGUGAGGGCAGGGCUUCCGACAUCAUGGUCUUUGCGCAUGGCCAUGCGUUGCGUUAUUUUGCUGCUAUCUGGUUUGGACUAGGUGUGCAAAAAAAGUGUGAGACUAUUGAAGAGAUUCAAAACGUCAAAUCCUACGAUGAUGACACGGUUCCAUACGUGAAGUUGGAAUCUUACAGACAUUUGAUAGACAAUCCAUGUUUCUUACUGGAUGCCGGUGGAAUUGGUGUGUUGUCCUACGCACACCACAACAUCGAAGAGCCCGCAUUGGCACUGGCAGGGCCAUUUGUCUCUCCACCAGAGGAAGAAUCCCAACAUGGCGAUGUGUAA